AUGAAAUUCGUGCUGCAACCGCUGGUGAUACACGUCAUGAACUGCGACGUGAAAUUACGAAUGACGGGAGGCGGCGCGGAGAAGCGCAAGCAUGGCGAAAUGCUACCGAGUACUAUACGCGCGAUCAUUUGUGGUCCGUCGAAUAGCGGUACCGCGGCCUCACCCCCAGGGGGCUGGCGAGACAAACGCGGGCUAGCGCUCAAGAUCCGCCCGGCGGGGGAUAUAAGCCCGCCGAAACAGCGACAAUUCGCUCAGUGCCCACCGUUCUCGCUACACGCCUACAGUGCAGUGCAGAAUACAGACAGCAAACUGAAGAGGCAGAGGACUAGGCCCGGCAGAGUGCCAGCUGGACCAGUACAGCGGCAGCAUCAGUCUCAGCAGCAACAGCCUACGGAGCAGCCAUCGCAGCAGCAGCCUCCGCCGCAGCAACAGCAGCAGCAGCCUCCGCCGCUGCAGCAGCAGCAGACACCGCCGCACCACCAAUGGACGCCAUAG